AUGGAUCAGAAAGUACAAUUUCAACAGCCAAAACCCGUGGCAUGUCAUGCUGAAGACGUGUCCAACUACCCGCAAAAACCACCACCUCAUAGGAUGCCCAGAGGCAUGCUGGACAGUGCCAUGAGUGUAGUGGAGAGAAGCGCAGUUUUCACCCAUCACAGGGAUAUUAGGCUUCCAACCAUCCCUGGCAUUAGCCAUCGUCCCGGGCCACCACCUGAGGUCCACCCCAGUCUCGAUGACCAGACGCAGGCUGAUGUUUAUAAACUGAUGAGAAGGACCGUUAGAGACACCAUAUCAGAUAAAGCUAAGAAAAUACUACAAAGUGGCUGUGAACAGCAGAAAAAGAGCAGCAUGGGUGUGAGUAAGAAAACCACAGUCUCCAGCCAACCAAAGACUGUCAAGCAUUCACCUAUCUCUGUUUCACCAAUCUCUGUUCCAUCUGAGCCUGUCCCACUUACCCCUGUCCCACCUGGCCCUUCCAAAGUUACAGGACUGUCUCCACAUCCAGCAGCUCAGAGGAGCGAGACUGUGGUGGACCGAAGCCUCAACACUGGGGAAGAUCUUCCAGCUGUUGGGUCCUUGAAGGAAAAAAGAAACAGAUCCCCAAAAGCCUCUUGGAGAGAUGAGGACAUGGGAUUUGAAUUGAUGAUCAUUUCAGAGCAGUGGUGGGAAAUCACAGAUGAAAUCCGAGAAAAUGAGGCUAAAAAAGAAAAGAUUGUGAAGGAGAUAAACUGCUUGGAAAAAAAGUUUAAUGCCAGUAUUCGCCUCAUAAAAGAACUGCAGGAGGAAGAAAGGGAUCUUAAGGAGAUAUGCCGGAUUAAAGACAGCUGUUGCCAGAUACCUGUUUGGAGGAUGAAAAAUGAGCAGGUGGCGGAGGCCAUCGCAGAGAUCCACAAAAGCUUCGGCGAGAUCAGCUGUCCUUCUAUUCCAUAUAUAAUACAAGAAGACAUUGAUCAGUGGUGUUCAGACGCCAGCAGGUUCGUUAGAAACACAGGGCUCCAAAAGACAAUACAGGGUGGCUUUCACCACAUUGAGUACAGCAAAAGACAGCAGAAAAACGCUGAGAGGCAAGCCCGGCGGAGGCAGAUCAGACAUGAGAUCGCACUCGCUCCUCCUGUGAAAAUAACUGGAAGAAAGCUGAUCCCACGCAGCCGGCCUCCGAAGGUUGUGGAGAAAGCAGUGAGGGUUAAGGAAGAGAAGGAUUUACUGUAUUUUUUAAGUAAUUAACUGGACUGCCUUCUCAGUUAUUUAAAAAGAAAAUCCCUCCAUCUUUCAGUGAAGAAUGAGGAAAUCCUCCUCCUCUUCCUUCAAUGAAGGACAAACCUGAAAAUAAA